AUGAUGACUACAGAUUCAUUAAAUAUUCCUGUUACAAAUCAUGUAGCGACUCUUCUUGAUGAUCUUAUUACUUGGCGAACUAUUGGCAACAAACAAUCAGAUACACGAGAAAUAACUAAUAUUCAACCACAUGGUGGUGCUUGGAUGCCAGCAGAUCGUUCGUUUGAUCGAAUUUUAUUUUGGCGUACAAUAGACAAUAAUUCUUUUCAAUUAUUUGAAUAUUCAAUGGCACGUAAUCUUUUACAUAAUUCUCUUCAAAUUCAAUUCGGCAUGCCAACAACUGUUUUACCAAAUGUUUUUAUUGUUGAAUUACCUGAUCGACAAGAAAUUUGUCUUAUGUUUGCAACACAUAUUGGUAUUUAUCGUUGGAUUUUAAAACAUCCAAAUAUAUCCAAUAUUGGACAAUUAGAACAACCUCAAUCAAUACUUGCAGAUAUAACAGAUGAUUAUUUAAUUAAUCGAAAUCAUUUUUAUCGACAUGAUUUACAAUUAUAUACACAAGUAACUUGUGCUUAUACAAAUAAUCAUCUUAUUUAUGCUCUAUUUAAUGAAAUGGAAACCAUUAUUCUUCGUUUUGAUAAUCAAAAUUAUUUAAAUUCACCACAACAAUUAACUUUUCCAAAACGACAAUCAACAGGUUUAUUUAAUUUUCUUUGGAAUCCAAAUAAAUCGAUAUCAUCUACUCAACAAAAUCAACCAUUGAUUGCCGGUCAAACAACAAUUAUUUAUAGUUCCAUGACAAUGACAAUCAUACUCUAUGAUAAUGGUCUACUUCGAUUUUUGUCUGAUCAAUUAGAUACAAUUUUAUAUGAAUAUAAUUUAUCAGUUGAUCUACCUCGUUCAUCAUCAAAAGUUCCAACAAAAAUGUUUAUAGAUUAUUGUCAAUAUGAAACAUAUUCUGAUGAACUUAUAACACGUUUAUUUGUAAUUAUUGAUUCAAAUGAUCUUCUUCAUAUUCUUAUAUAUGAAUUUCAAUAUGAUGAAACAAAUAAUUUUAAAUAUUCUCUAUAUCAAAAUAAAUCUUAUACAAAAAAUAUACAAUCAAAUAAUUAUUCACAUUUACCAAAUGGUUCAUCAUUAACAUCAAUAACAUGUACAAAUGAUAGACUUAUAUUACAUUUAUUAACAAAUCAAAAUCGUUCAAUACUUUUAUUAAUACAAUAUGAAUUAAAAACAAAUAAUCGUGAACAAUUUAUUGAAUUACCAAUGGAUUAUAAUGAAAAAUAUAUUAAUGAUGAAUCAACAACAAUUGACGAUAUUGAACGAAGACUUAAUUCACCAGGACAAUUUACACUUGAUAUGAUUAAAGAAGCAUUUUGGAUUACAUUUAAUCUUAAUUUAGAUGAAUUAAAUCAAUCAUGGAUAUCAUUAACACAAAUUCUUCAACAAUUACCAAUUAUUCUUCAAAGUUUGUGUAAUGAUCAUUGUGAAGAGCAUUCUAUUCGUAAUGAAGAUCGUUUACAAGUUUUAACUAAAUUUUGGCAAAAUCUUUAUAGUACAUUAAUUGAUCUUCGUGCUCAUGCACUUGUUCUACUCGGUUGUCGUAUAUUUGAUGAACGACAAUUAAUUAUUCUUAUUCAUAAAUCUGCUGUAUCAUUUUAUUCAAUGUCGAAAUCUUCAUUACCAUCGAAUCCAAAAUAUUCUCGUCAUAUAAACGAUAUUGAAACUUUAAUGAAAGUGUCUGAUGAUGAAACAAUUGCACAAAUUGAUGAUAUUUUAUUGAAUGAAACAUCAUCAAAUGAUAAACAAAUAAUUACACAAAAAUUAAAUCUUAUUCAAAAAUAUCUUGAACCAAUUGUAAAUAAUGAUCAAUUAAUUGAAACGCUUCAAUCAAUUUAUGAUAAACAUCCAUCAAAAAUAAAUUCGGAUGAAAUAAAUAAUAAUAAUAUAUUUACAUCAAAAAUUGCUCGUCGUUUACUUGUUCUUGUAUUUGUUCAAUUAUGUCAUGAAAAACUUAAUCAAAUUGAACGUUUAAAUAAAUUAAUUCCUUUAAUAUUUCGUUCAAAUCAAACUCGAAUUAGUGCUCAUCGAUUAGAAAAAAUUCAAGAGAAAGUUUUACCUUAUUUACAAGAUUUAUCACAAAUUUAUCAAAUACUUCUAUGGCUUUCAUCAUGUGGAAUUGAAUCAUCAACAAUUGCAGUUAAUGAUCGUGAUCUCUUUAUUGAAAAUCUUGUUUAUCAACAACCAUAUAAAACUCGAAUAGGAAAUCAAUCAUUACUUGAACAAAUUCUAGCAGAUAAUAUUCAACAAGAACAAAUUGCACCAAAUGCAGAGAAUUGGUUGGAAAUAAUUGAUAAAUCUGUUGAUAAUCUAUUUUCUCUUUUAUGGCCAAGUAAUGAUUUUUUAAUAAAAUAUUUACCGAGUCGACAUCAAUGGACAAUAUUAGAUCAAUAUUGUGGAAAACUUAAUUGGUUUAAAGAAUUAAAUUCUGCUAGACAAUUUUUUCAUGCAUUAACAUUUUAUCGAUCAGGUACAAAUAUUGAAACAGCUACAAGACAUUUAGCUGCAGUAUUAAAAGACCUUCAUACUGAUCCAUUAUUGAUUGAAAUGUUUGGAAAACAAUCAAUACCAGAACUUUUUUAUAUUGAAUGGAUUCGAGAAUAUUUAAAAUAUUUUGGUCAAAAUCAAUAUGUUGCUUCAUUUCUUCAUCAAUGUUUACAAACUACACAUUCAAAUGAUAUUCGUGCUUUAAUUAUUAAAGAAUUAUUUAAAACAAGUAUUGAUUUAAAAAAUUUCGAUGAUGCUUUUUGGUGUAUACAAAAUACAAAUGAUUAUUUAAGUCAAAAACAAUUUACAUUUGAAUAUGCAUUAGCUAUAUGCUCUCUAUCAAAUGAUCAAUCAUUAUAUCGUCUUCAAACACUUAUUCAAUAUCAACAUGAUAAAUUAGGUUAUAUAGAUUUUGAAUUAUUAGCUUAUCUUGAACGGAUAUGUGUUGAAACUCAACCUAUUCAAACAUCACAUGUAUAUGCACUUUAUGAAAUAUAUAAAAUGAUGAAAUUACCAUUGAAGAUGGCUCAAAUAAUGUAUCAUUAUGGUUGUUCAAUAAAUGAUAUAAUAGAACAGAAAAAUGUAUUUCAAUUAGCUUUUGAUGCUUUAUCAUCAAUGGAACAAACAACUGAUUCAACAGAUCGAUUAUUUAUUUAUCCAAUUAAUUAUGAAUAUAAUUCAUUAUCACCUUUACAUAAUGAUGAUAAUUCAGUUCGACUUAUUGGUAUUGAUGAAUGUCGACAAAAAUUAGCAAUUAUAUCUGCUAUAUAUACAUUACGAACAAAUCGUUCAUCAUCGACAAUUCAAAUAAAUGAUACAAUGCAUCCAACACAAUUAAGUGGUCUUCUAACAAAAUUUCAUUAUGAUACAGAAGCUCAACAAUUACUUGAUGCUUUUCAAAUAAAUAAAUCAUCAAUGUAUUUUGUUCAUUAG